UGGCGCAGUAGAAACAUGACCUUCAGAAACGUGUCUCCUCAACAACCCAGAACCUAGUUGAGUUAUUGAGUCAGCGUGGCCAGGGCUUCGUUUCUUUCAGGUCCUUUCAGGGUGGCUGGUUAGUCUUGUUUCAUGUUACAUGUUAAAUGUCACCUGCAGAAGAGAAGAGCUUACCUCUUCCAGACAGAUGGCCCCGAGCCAGCAAAUUCGCUCUGUCAGCCUGUGCAGCGGCUGUGGCAGAACUAGUGACAUUCCCCCUGGACCUCACGAAAACUCGGCUGCAGGUCCAAGGCGAAGCUGCUGUUGGUCGCAGCGGAGCCCCUUACAGCGGGAUGCUGCGUACCGCAGCGGGCGUCGUGCACGAGGAAGGCUGGCUACAGCUCUGGCAAGGAGCCACCCCUGCUGUCUACAGGCACAUAGUGUACUCUGGAGUGCGGAUGGUCGCGUAUGAACAACUUCGUGACUCCGUGCUUGGCAGGGCUGAGGAUGAAAGCUUUCCCUUCUGGAAAGCUGUAGUUGGGGGCAUGUCUGCAGGUGCCAUCGGUCAAUUCUUUGCCAGCCCAGCUGACCUGGUGAAGGUCCAGAUGCAGAUGGAAGGAAGGAGAAGGUUAGAAGGAAAACCCCUGCGAUUUCGAGGAGUGCACCAUGCAUUUAUGAAGAUCCUGUCUGAAGGAGGCAUACGGGGCCUUUGGGCUGGAUGGGUGCCAAACGUUCAGAGAGCUGCUCUGGUAAACGUGGGAGAUCUGACCACUUACGAUUCAGUGAAACACUUCUUACUUCUGAACACAUCCCUUGUGGACAACAGUGUCACCCACAGUGUUGCCAGUGCAUGUUCUGGCCUGGUUGCUGCUGUUCUGGGAACUCCUGCUGACGUAGUGAAAACCAGGAUAAUGAACCAACCCAGGGACUGCCAGGGAAGAGGUCUGCUGUACACAUCUUCCAUGGACUGCUUGAUUCAAACCGUACAGGGUGAAGGGUUUAUGUCUCUAUACAAAGGCUUUAUACCAAUCCUGAUGUGAAUGGCACCUUGGUCACUGGUAUUCUGGCUUACGUAUGAGCAAGUCAGAAGGAUCUGUGGAGUUAGUUCUUUCUAAAAUCUUGAAACCACAUCCAUAUGCACAAAACAAAGAAGAACCAAAAAGCUUAAUUCUCAUAUCACAAAGUCCCACCCUGC